AUGGGGGACCGGUACGUGGAGGUGCUCGCCUGGUCUGACCGCCUGGCGAAGACGUGUCAACGACGCGCUGCAGAUGCCUGCUCGCAGGAGUGCGCUCCUGACGCGUGCAGGCCCGAAGGCGAUUGCAAUCCAGACAGAGUCCUGCAGGAGUGCCGCGACCACGUGCGGGCGCAGGGGUCCCAGCUGUUGCUGAGCAUGCUCGGCGUCGCGCUGUCGGCGCCUUCACGGAGCUACCUUCGAGGCGCAAACUUGAGCCUGAAGCAGUUCCUCGCGCGGCACCCGGAGUUUCACUUCGAGGGCCCAAAGGGUGGCGAGAAGGUUCUGUGGGCUGGAGCGGGGGCAAAUCUGGACACGGGACUGGAUGCUUGCUUCCACGGCACGAUGAUGGCCGACCCCCUCUUGAUGACUGCCGAUCCCCUCUUUCAGUGGGCCCUGGCGGCGGUCAUGAUGGACCGGCAGCCAGCCUCUCCGGAGCCGACGGGCAGCCCGACGGGCAGUCCCUCGAGCAUCUGGGCCACGCCGCCGAGCGUCUGGGCCUCGCCGGCCUUUGGAGGCACCCCGCCGCUGCUGGCUGGUCCUGGGAUGUCGCUGCCAGGCGACGCCGCUCAGACCAGGCCCGCCGCGGACAUCUCCGCAGCCUUCGGCGCAGGCGUUGGGUGGCCCUACUGGACGGCCCCCUGGGAGCACGAGCCCUUUGCUGCCUGGCCACCCGGCGCGGGCCCAGGCGAAGGCGGCGACUGUACGACAUCCCAGGAGCAGGGGCACGGGGAGAAACCGCGUGAGGGGCGCGGGGAUGGCUCCGCGGCCAGGAGCCACCUGCACCUGCACCCAGCGACCCACCCGUUUGCGCACGGGGCGCCGGCAGGUUUUGGCUUGGACACCAAGGCCGCUGCCAAGGGCGACGAGGGCGCGGUCGUCGCGGCGGUCCGGCUGCGGGGGCUACCCUUCAGCGUGACGGUGCAGGACGUGCUCGCGUUCUUCGCGCAGCAUGACGUGGCCGACCGCAUCGCCGACCGGCCAGACGCUACGCAGCUGCUCCGCAAAGCGAACGGCCGACCUUCGGGCCAGGCCGUGGUACAGAUGCGGAGUCGCCAGGACGCUGAGGUUGCGAGAGACAGCCUGAAUGAUAAGUACAUGGAUACGCGGUACAUCGAGGUCUUCGUCUACGGUGGAGAUGACGGCGAUCACAACAACGGCGACGCGGUGAGCUGCGCUACAGCCGCUGGCCAGCUGCCAGACGGGGAGCCCCACGGGGCUAUCGGCAUCACCACCCCACGGAUGCCGUGGGAAGUUCUCGUUGGCCAGUCUCGGGCUCCUCAGCAGACGGACCUCGAGGCCACCCGGGACCGCUGCGGCGGCAAAGAGCGCCCCUCGGCAGAGGGAGCUGGCCGGGCCGAGCCGGCAGAGUGGUCUGCGCUGUUCAGGUUCCUUGAGAGAGGCCAACAGGCGGACGCGGAGGGCCCUGGGAUCGGCGGCGCCUUCCUGCUCGGGGGAGGCCCACGGUCGCCCACGGGCGGAGGUGCG